AUUCCACAACCCAAUGUAGUUAAUUAUUAAUGACAUUAAUUGGAUGAAAAGCAAAACUCCUGUUGCUAAUAAAGUCUGGGCUACCGAUGUCAGACCAAGAGUUCAUAUGGGGCGCCUGUGAAAAGAAUUUGGACGACGAUGGGCGCGUAAAGAGAACUGGGACGUUGAUGACUGCAAGUGCUCACUUAAUUACAACUGUUAUUGGAUCUGGAGUGCUGUCCCUAGCUUGGAUUAUAGCUCAGUUGGGUUGGGUUGCUGGACCUGCUGCUCUCGUGCUCUUUUCUGUCAUCGCCUGUUUCACAUCCUCUCUUCUCGCUGACUGUUACAGGUCUCCUGAUCCUGUUACUGGCAACAGAAACUAUACCUACAUGGACGUUGUGAGAGCCAAUCUAGGUGGAAUCAAGGUUCAGCUUUGUGGAAUAGCUCAAUAUGGAAGUUUUGCAGGGGCUACCAUUGGAUUCACCAUCACCGCAUCUCUCAGUAUGGCGGCAGUUAAAAGGUCCAACUGCUUCCACAUGAACGGCCACCAUGCGAACUGCAAAGUAUCAAACUAUCCCUACACAAUCAUCUUCGCAUGCAUUCAGAUAGUUCUGUCCCAAAUUCCAAACAUUCACAAGCUCUCUUGGCUCUCUAUCGUCGCAGCUCUGAUGUCAUUUUCUUAUUCUCUUAUAGGCAUCGGUCUCGCUGCAGCUAAAAUUGCAGGUUGCCAUGAAGUAAGGAACAGUUGGAGAGGGGUCGAAGUUGGAGUGGAUGUCACAGAGACUGAGAAGGUGUGGAGGAUCUUCCAGGCCAUUGGAGAUAUUGCCUUUUCUUACAGCUUCGCUCCCGUCCUCGUUGAGAUACAGGACACACUAAAAUCAAGUCCCCCAGAGAACAAAGUGAUGAAGAGGGCUUCGUUUAUUGGGGUCUCCACCACAGCCAUGUUCUACAUACUAUGUGGAUGCAUUGGCUAUGCUGCGUUUGGGAAUGAUGCACCAGGAAACUUUCUUACUGGGCUUGGAUUUUAUGAACCCUUUUGGCUCAUUGACUUUGCCAAUGUUUGCAUUGCCAUCCAUCUCAUUGGAGUAUAUCAGCUUCUUUCACAAAUCUUGUUCGCGUAUGUAGAAAACUUCUGCAGAAACCAUUGGCCGGAUAAUGGAUUCAUAACUAAAGAACAUCCUGUUAAUAUUCCUUUACAUGGCACAUACCAUAUUAACUUCUUCCGACUGGUAUGGAGAACGGUGUAUGUGAUAGCAACAGCAAUAGUUGCGAUGAUAUUCCCAUUCUUCAACGACUUUCUGGGCCUGAUUGGAGCAUUCUCUUACUGGCCAUUGAGUGUAUACUUCCCCAUAGAGAUAUACAUUGCACAGUCCAGGAUACCCAGAUUUUCCUUUACAUGGACAUGGCUCAAAAUGUUGAGCUUCGCCUGCUUGGUUGUGUCAAUUGUUGCUGCAGUUGGAUCUGUUCAGGGGCUUGCUGCAGAUCUGAAGACUUAUAAGCCUUUCAAGACUAGAUAGCAGAAGUGAAAUGCAUGUACCACUAUUUUCUUUUAAAUAACAAUAUAAGCAAUAAUCUUUCCAUACAGUGUGUUUAUUUGAACUUUUGUGUUUCUGGGAAGAGAGUUACAGAAACAGGAUAACAAAGUUCAUGUGUGGUUGGUUAGAAACUGUUUUCUGCUAAACUUCUCUAAGGUAGGGAUUCAAAUAUGUAUCCGUUUUUCCAAAUUGAAAUUCGAAUCUUAUCCAUAGCACUGCAGCCUGAGUUCAAUUUAUUUAUGAUUGGGUCAUAUAUGAAUGGACUGAAAGCACAUCUGCUACGGGUGCGUGACUGUGGUGGCAGCAGUUCCUUGCAAUCCCCAAUGAAAGCAUAUCUUCUUUGAGGCUUUGUUGCAAUACAAAUAAAUUUGUACUAAUGCAAAACUAUUGCAUUACAAAUGAUUUGAGUGUAAAUUCU